AUGGGUGAUGAGGGCUCGGCUACUGCAACUAUGCUUAAGCAUGCGAAGCGACCCAAGCAAGAUGAUGAGCAUGAUGACUUCAUGCAGAUCUGGGGGAUGAAUUCGUUAGCCUCAACCUCAUCCGGCGCCGGGUCAUCUCGGGGCAACAAGGAAAAGGACGAGACUGAGUCCAAACCGAAGAAGAUUAGAAUGCAUUCUUCAUCUACGUCUACGAAAGCUCAGGCUUCGAGUCUCUCCGAUGGGCAGUUGCGCAGCGAGACAUCUUCCAAUGCCGAGGGUGUUGGCUUUGGACAGGCAGCAUCCUGGCUGUUUGGAUUGAAGUCCGCCAAGGGGAAGGGGGCUGGGAAGUCUGGUCAGAAGGAGAAUAAAGAGCUGGAUGCCACCGAGAAGGUUUUGCAGCAGCACGACAAUUUCAAGAACAUCCUGGCUCAGGAGAACUCCUUCAUGAGCUUGACCUUCCAAAAGAUCAACGGCCAUUCCGAGAAGCUCUCUGCCCGGAACACCCUGGACCUUCAGAAAACUUAUCGUGACCUUUCCAACGGGCAGACGGAUGGGCGAGCCUGCGAAAUCAUGAAAAGGUUGGCCAAAGCUUUGGCAGAGAUCGAACCUAUGUCCCAGUUUGUCUGUGCUUUCAAAGAUCAGGAGGCGACAGCAGAGACGAUGCUUGAGGGGCUGACAGAAGCCAGAAAGGCUGGGUUGGUCAUUCCGGCUGCUGCAGACAAACUCUGCAUGGCUCGCAUGCUACUUCAGAAAGGCAAGGCCGGGAUGCACGAAGAGUUUUUGCUGCUGGUGGAGUCUGCCGACCUCCGCGACUUGUUCAAGGACGACGUGGACAGCUUGAAGGAAUUCCAGUUCGUCUCAGUGAAAUCCGUGAUCACAAAAAUCUUGAACGAAGAGCUCGAGGCACCUGGAUUUCAGAGUUCCAAUCCUGGUGAAACCGUCUCCGCCGAGCAGAAGCAGCAGAGGGAGGCGAAACGACGAGACGCUAUCCAGCAGUUGGCUCUGGAUCGCACGAAGCAACUCCUGGAUUUCAUCUCCGGGUUCCGGCAAAGCAAGACCUUUGACGACUGGGUCGAGAAUCACAAGGAUAAUGUGCAGCUGAUGCAGUGGCUGGACGACGUGAACAAGCUGCAUAUUUUGACUGUGAGUGUACUUCAGCAGGAGGAAGAGGCACUUACCGGGGAGAAGUUGGAAGAAUUGAAGAAUGCCCGGAAUCAUCUCCUGAGCAAGAAGAGUAGCCUUGUCGAGUCGAUGACAUUGUGGCCACUGGGCCAAUUCAUCCAACAGGCGGCGAACUCUCGGAUGGAAAGCUUCCUACGUGACCAGAGUUUGAAGGCGGAGGUGCAGCAGUGCAUUCAGCUCAGCAGUCAGUUGAAGACAUUCACUUGCGACACCAUGUUCAAGCCAGAUUCCCUCGAGAUUGCCGUUCCCGGGUUGAACAAAGUCGUGGAGAUGGUCUCCAAGUUCAACAUGGCCGAGCAGCUCGGUUCUAAGAGGUUCUUGCAAGAGCACCAGGACCAGCUCAAGAUCAUCGGUGUCAAGAUCACUGAGCUGCAGAAUGCGAUGCUCAGUGCUUGUGUGCACAAGUUUCGCAGGAGUGUUGGCGAAGGACUCCGUCCCUUGUUAGAGACCCUCUUGGGAGGUCAGAUCGAUGCCGACUCCACUGCUCGUUUGGUGGAGUUUGUGAACGAGGCAAAGAAUUUCAACCCCGUGCAGACCAGUAUGCUCAACAAGUGUUUGGGAGCUUCGGCAUCCCCCAUCCAGGAUGCAGUGCAGGAGACACGGACAUUUUGGACCCGUUUCUCGUCGGUGACCUCGGCUGUUGUGGGCCUGAUGAAUGCAGAGACGGUUAAUUGUGUCGUGCAAAGGUUGCUUUCGUCAGAUCUGCUUGCACUCAUGGAGGUUUACAACGAUCCCUCCAAGAUUGAACUCCUGCAAAAGCUCUGUGUGGAUUUGUGGCCUCAGAUGUCGCAGAUCGGCGACACUAUCCGACGUAGUGCAAUGCAUCUGAGAAGCAGUUGGGAUGGCGGUUUCAGAAGUUCAGAAUUCCAUACUGUUGCUUAG